AUGCUCAAGAAAUCGACGCUUCUCUGCUCAUGCGGUGGUCUUCCGCAUCCCUGUGCCUCGCCUCGCCUCCCCCUCGCACGCCACCAGCGGCCGACAGCGUUUGGGCAAGCGAAGCGCUUCGCUCAUGUGCAUAACGCUGACGGUCUGAGGCCGGAGGAGGACUUAUCUUGGCCAAGUUCUCCCUCGUUCACUCCCUACGACCUUUUCCGGCUGGAACGGAAUGCGCCCUAUUCGAAGAAACGGUACUAUCAACUCGUCAAGAUCUAUCACCCAGACGGACACUGCAAUGGCCACCCGCACUGCAAGGAUUUACCGGAGUCAGUUAGGUUGCAGCGUUAUCGACUGCUAGUGGCUGCCCACGAACUACUCUCCAACCCAACGAAGCGAAGCGAAUAUGACAGAUUCGGCCGGGGAUGGUUUCAGCGGGCAGAACUCUUUGGAACUCAUGGGCCGGCCGCGCGAAGUGCAAUGGAUGCAUACUACUCUAGACGAAGACAAGUGGACCCCACCAUCUUUCGAAAUGCCAGCUGGGAGGACUGGGAGCAGUACCAUGGCCGAAGCGGCGGCAAGCAGCAGACGCAGUCCUCCGGCGCAUCUCACGAAACUUUUGCGUCGUUAUUUGUCCUCUUAGCCAUCUUUGGCGGGGUUGCUCAGGCCGUAAGCAUUGGGAAGUAUUCUGGCUUCGUCGAGGAUCGCGUCAAGCAGGUCAACGCUCAAUGCGGACGGUUCCUGGAAGGACGACGGCACCAGACCGUCUCGCAGAUGGACUCAGUGGACGAAAGGGUCCAGAGUUUCUUGAGAAGACGAGAUCCAUCUGGCUAUGGGCUGAACGAGGAGGAAGAAGAAACAUAUCGAAAACUUCUAGGAAGCCCGGAUAACGGUGAUAUUGGUCAUCUCGACUCGCGUGAACAUGGCGAGAAACGGUAA